UAAACCGGCUGUGACAGGAGCGGUGUUAGCAUGACGAUGCUAACGUUAGCCACUUCCUGUGCGGUUUUGUAACAGCGUGAAAAUGAACUUGUGUAACUUUAACUGAGCCGCUGCGGGUCGAGCUGCUCCGCGACAGUUUCCACGAGCAGAGCAGAGUUUAAACCUUCCUCCUCAGGUGAGAUGGCUCAGGUACGGCGUGCGGUCAGCGAGGCGCUGUGGGCGGUGUGUGCGGCCGACUCCAUGUCGAUGCCGGUCCACUGGUAUUACGACAUCGACGACAUCAAGAGGGACUUUGGGGGCUGGAUAUCUGGCUUCUGCUCGCCCAGAGACAGACACCCGUCCAGCAUCCUCAGCCUCUCCAACACCGCCGGCAGCGGUCGGACCGCCUGGUCUGACGUGGUCGCCAAGUGGCCUGACGUGGUCGGUAACGUGAUCCUCCACAAUAAACUGAACUUGUGGAAGUCCUCCAAAGGCUCAGUCCACUAUCAUCAAGGUCUUCAGGCCGGUGACAACACCCUGAACGUCCUCUGUUCUCUCCGAGCGGCUCGCUCGCUCAUCGCCGGACGUUUCAGCGACGUCUCUCAGCCGGACGCUCGAGCCGCCGUUCUGUCGGACUACGUCCACUUCCUGACCACACCCGGCUCGCACCACGAUACCUACGCAGAGUCCUUCCACCGCUCGUUCUUCGCUGCCUGGCAGGACAGCAGACCCACCUCGCCCUGUCAGGUUCUGACGUUUGCAGAAAAUCGCUCCCGGCAGCUGUUGAGCUCCUCGUCCGCCGACAGCCAGCUGGACGCCAUCGGCUGCCUUCCUAUGAUCCUCCCCUUCAUUCUGCUGUCCGCCUCAGCCAAUGAGGAGCAAGCUGUGUCAGCAGCAGUAGAGUUUGUGAAGCUCACUCACCCCCACCCGAAGGUGCCCGAGUACGUAUCCAUCUACAGCCGGGCGCUGCACGCCGUACUGGGCGGAGCCGGCGUCCGCCAGCAGGCCGAGCACGCUCUGAGGAGGCUGGACGCCUGGGACACCUGCCAGAGCUACAGCCGCAAGGCCGCCAGGUUUCCGGCGUCCUCUGAGGAGCGUCUGAAGGUCCAUCAGGGCGCCGUGAACUACCUCGGUCUUGGCCUGCUACACCAAAGGAGCUCUGUCCAGCCUGUUUUAUCUGGCUCACGAGUUUCACGACGACCCCAGAGGAGGAAUCCUGGCGAACACCAACUGUGGAGGUGAGAACUGUAACCGCGGGGCGGCGCUGGGAGCCCUGCUGGGGGCGGGGGGGUCGUACGGCGGAGACGUCAUCCCGCAGGAGUGGAAGGACGCACUGAGGAACGCCCAGGAGUUCAUCCCCGACAUCCUGAAGGAGAUGCAGUGAGAGCAGCGUUUGCCCCCUGGAGGAGCGGAGGGGAACUGCAGCCUGUUCACAAACGCAACAAUGAGAACGUACAGCUUUUAUUCCAGUGCCUUUAUUAUUUAAUGAGGAAAAUCUGUUAUUUUUAUUUACCUUCACUGUGCUUUAAUGAUCUUUUGUUGUGUGAUUUGAACUGUUCACAUUAUGGAAUAAUUACAAAGGGCUUCAGGUGAGAUAAAAACUGACCAACACUAAGAAACCUAUUUAUCCUUUUCCUGUUGUCUUAUUUUUAUUUUAAGGACUUUAAUUAACAAAUACAACAUGUCUGCUUUUUGCUCAUAAAAAAUAAAAUCAUCAUUUGAAUGUUUUGA